UGAACCUUCAGUAUUGUAUGGGCCUCUUCAACGAUCUUCAUUGAGUAGAGAUCUCUCUCCUCUAUGACGAUCUUGAAAAGUCUUAUUUGAUCGACACUAGCGCGCUCUCAUUGGAUGGAUUGUUUGGUUCAUUCGUUCCGAUUCGGCCAGAGACUGGUUCUUAACGAAAAGAAAGGUGUAUGUAUUGCAAUGUAACGUCCGUUCCCUUCUGUGUCGUCCAUCGUUGCAGUAUCAGCUUAGCUGGUCUCGGUGAAUUCAGUAAUCGCUUGUUAAAUUAAUCCAACCAAUUUUAAUUUUUGGCGUAAUUUCGUGAACGUAAAAUAAAAUGCUGACACGAGUAAUCCUCCCAAGUGCUAGGAGACUUGUGCAGGCCAACGUUGGCGCUACUUCUCGAGUAUGUGCCUAUCAUGCCCCGGCUCAUCCCGAGCCCACCGUAGGCGACCUGCCAGUUCCUCAAGGGUCUUGGCAGGCCGAUUAUGAAUCCAGACAACGAAAGUACAACCUUCAUUUGUUGAUGGGCAUUGGAUUUACCGUGGGAACUCUUAUUGUGGCCAAAGCAUCAGGACUUUUCCAUUUCAACUAUUCGGUCCCUCAGCUUAAGGAUCAAUAAUGAAACAAGUGUCAUAAUUUCUAGAAUUUAUCAUUAGAUUAAUGUAAAUAGUAUUGUACUGGUGAAUAUAAUUGAAAUAAAAGUACCGCUACUGUUCAUUUUUGUAUUUAGUAUUAUUGUGUGAUGUGUGUGUGAACCACCGUUUGUUGUUUGGGUAUGAGGUAAUAUAAGCAUACUAUCUACUCUGACUCUUUGACUUUUCAUUAUUUAAUUUCUUCUCAACCGUUAUUACAAUCCAGUAUUAACCAAAUGCACUUUAAGCAUGGCAGUGAGAAGUAGUUUAGUUUAUCUUUACUCAUUGUAAUGAGUCUUUUACCACAAUAAAAUGUUAAGUGGUUUGAAUUUUAAGUGGGCUACUAAUUAUUAAGUUUUCUCUCUUUUUCAAAAUAGACUGACCUUAAUUUCA